AUGUUCAAGUUCGCUCUAGCUUUGACACUUUGCUUGGCGAGCAGCCUUUCGCUGGCCCAGCACAAUCCCCAUUGGUGGGGCAAUCGCAACACCAUCGUCCACUUGUUCGAAUGGAAAUGGACGGAUAUUGCACUGGAGUGUGAGAAUUUCCUGGGACCUCGAGGAUUCGCCGGAGUACAAGUUAGCCCUGUGAAUGAGAAUAUAAUUUCGUCGGGUCGUCCUUGGUGGGAGAGAUACCAAUCCAUCUCCUACAAGCUUACCACUCGAUCAGGAAAUGAAGAGGAGUUCGGUGACAUGGUCCGUCGUUGCAAUGAAGUGGGGGUUCGUAUCUACGUGGAUGUGCUGCUGAAUCAUAUGUCCGGCGAUUUUGAUGGAAUCGCUGUGGGUACUGGCGGAACGGAGGCAGAACCAAGCAAGAAAUCCUUUCCGGGUGUUCCCUACAGUUCCCUGGACUUCCAUCCCACCUGUGAGAUCACCGAUUGGAACGAUCGCUUCCAGGUACAACAGUGUGAGUUGGUUGGCCUCAAGGAUCUUGACCAGAGCAACGAUUGGGUGAGGGGCAAGCUGAUUGAGUUCUUGGAUCACCUUAUUGAACUGGGUGUUGCCGGUUUCCGAGUGGAUGCCGCCAAGCACAUGGCUUCGGAGGAUCUCGAGUACAUCUAUGGCAGCCUGAGCAACCUGAACAUCGAUCACGGUUUCCCCCACAAUUCCCGGCCCUUCAUCUACCAGGAGGUGAUCGACCAUGGUCACGAAACCGUUUCCCGUGAUGAAUACAAAGAUCUGGGUGCCGUCACCGAGUUCCGUUUCUCCGAGGAGAUUGGUAACGCCUUCCGUGGCAACAAUGCAUUGAAGUGGCUGCAGAGCUGGGGCACUGGUUGGGGCUUCCUGCCCACCACUCAGGCCCUGACCUUUGUGGACAACCAUGAUAACCAAAGAGAUGGAGGCUCCGUGCUGAACUACAAGUCCCCCCGGCAGUACAAAAUGGCAACAGCCUUCCAUUUGGCCUAUCCCUAUGGCAUCAGUCGCGUGAUGAGCUCGUUUGCCUUCGAUGACCAUGAUACCCCACCGCCACAGGAUGCACAGGAGAGGAUUAUUUCUCCCGAGUUCGAUGAGGAUGGAGCCUGCGUGAAUGGCUGGAUUUGCGAGCACCGUUGGCGUCAGAUCUAUGCCAUGGUGGGCUUCAAGAAUGCUGUCCGCGAUACAGAGAUGUCCGAUUGGUGGGACAAUGGUGACAAUCAGAUCUCCUUCUGUCGUGGCAACAAGGGCUUCCUGGCUGUGAACAACAACCUGUACGAUCUGUCACAGGAUCUGAACACCUGCCUGCCUGCCGGAACCUAUUGUGAUGUGAUCUCUGGCAGUCUGAUUAAUGGUUCUUGUACCGGUAAAUCAGUCACAGUAAACGAUCAUGGACACGGCUAUAUCCAUAUUGGAUCCGAUGACUUUGAUGGUGUUUUGGCCCUGCAUGUAGAUGCCAAGGUUUAAUUAAAGGUAACACAGAAAUCUGGGCUUUAUUUUUUGUCUCAAAUUACAAUAAAAACGAACGCACAUAA